AUGUCUUCUCCCAGAGCAUCAUCUCCCGUCAACGCGCCUGCAUCUGGCGCCAGCAUUGGCCGUCCGUCCUCGCCCACUCCCCCGGGCGGUGCCAGGACCGCCAUCCGCCGACGAGCCGCCGCCGACCAGAAGGAGAAGAUCGCCAAUGCCCGCCCCAGCAGCACGAGGGCCGCCGGCGCCGGUGGCAGCACCAGCACGAUGCUGCGCCUCUACACUGACGAGUCGCCCGGCCUCAAGGUUGACCCUGUCGUCGUCCUCGUUCUGUCUCUCGUCUUCAUUUUCAGCGUUGUCGCCUUACACAUCAUUGCCAAGAUCACCCGAAAGUUCUCCAGCUAG